AUGUGGGUUAGCCCAUGUAUGUUUCAUAUUCAAAAGAUCAUAAUUUCGUCUAGGUUAUUAUUUUUUAUAAACUUGUAGAACCUUCGCUUGAAACCUAUUUGUCCCCAGGUUAUCAUAAACGGAAAGAUAUUUGCUUAGAUUUGAGUUGAAGAUUAUGAAAAAAACAUAAAAAUUUUACAGGAAAAAUUUUUUUUUAUAAUAUAAUAUUUAUUUACAGGCAGAACAAAAUAACAUGUACAAAAAAAGAAGGAAAGAAUUGGCAUUUAAGCCUGAAAUAAAUAAAUAAAAGGCCCUUUGAUAAAGAUUUUUUUAAAUUUUUGAUUGGUUCAUUCAGUUGCUUGGAAUAAAUAGCUCUUAUUUAGGUACGAAAACCUGGUUUCAAAGUUUUUUGAAGGUUCUUCUCUUGCUUUUCUAUUUUCAUUUAUACUUAUCAUUUUUUUGCUUAAGUAUAAUUGUGAACAAACAGCUUUUUUUCCGUGUUUUAUGAACCUUUUUGGGUGCAGUAAAGUAGUGAAGAAAUGGUUUCAGAUGCAUCGCCAGGGUCUAUCUUCUCGGCGACAGUUCUGCCCUAUUUGGGACCAUCAACUGUUGCAAUGAUACGUUGCGCGUGAAGGACGACUCGCCGGCUCAAACCCAAGCCAAACUGUUCGUUUUUGAUACUGUUUACCGUUUCUAGAGAUCCAUUUUAUUGAUUUUUCCAUGUUUUUCAUGCUAAAAUCGAGAUUUUGCAUAUUUUCAUGUAGUUUUCUAUCAAUAAUCAAUCGUUUUUCAUCUCUUUUUUCUGUUUUAAGGAUUUUUUUCCCUUUCAAAUCGAGAUUUCUUGUAGUUUUUCCACCAUAAUCGUUUUUUUCAUCUUUUUUUCUGUUUUUUUAGGAUCCAUUUCAGUGAUCUUUCAUGUUUUUCAAUCUAAAAUCGAGAUUUCGCAUAUUUUUCCUGUAUUUUUUUCUAUCAUAAUCAAUCGUUUUUCAUCUCUUUUUUCUGUUCUGAAAAUCAAUUUCAUCACUUUUUCCCUUUCAAAUCAAGAUUCCUUGCAAUUUUGCAUCAUUAUCAAUCUUUUUUCAGUUCGGCGCUGAGUUGUCUGGCGGCCUUGUACGAAAAUGCGGGCAGAUUGGUCGGAAGGACCUACGAGGAAUCCUUCCAACUCAUGCAGAAAUGGAUGAAAAGCGCCGAGGUUUGCCUUUUAACGCAUUUUGUUGUUUCAAAAAUGGAACUCGAACUCCAAAUAGGAGGAUUGAAGUUGAUUCAUGAAGAGAACUCUAUCAGGACUUUCAAAGUUGCCGGAAAUUCGAGAAAAAUGUGGAAAAUGGUUUUAAAAAUAGAGUAGAUUCUCUAUUAUUCGAAAAAAGUGAUUUACAGUAAGAAAAAUGAAAACAGAAUAGUAGAGUCGUCCCAAAUUUGAAAAAAAAAGAUAAAAAGCGCCCAGGUUCGGCUUUAAAAUGUUUUCCGGUUUCUGAGGAUUCACAACUUAUUCCAAUUUUACUGUUUGUUUUAAUAAUAAAGUAAGGAUUUUCACUUCUUCGAUGGCAAAAGAUACAGCUGAGAAGAGAAAAUUCUAGAAAAAUUGAAAGGAAAAAUUUCCGUAAUUUUUCGACAAGAUAACUGUUUCGAACAGGAUUUUUAGCUUUUUCUUAAUAUGUUUAACAACGAUCUUCGAACUUCUUUCGCAUGCUAUAAAGUACGAGUGUUUAAAGAGCGCAACCGGUUUUUUUGUACUCCCUUGUGAAUUAAUAAAAUACGGGCGUUUCUUAAUCUUAUCUUUUUCACUUCUUCAGGCUGAUUUUUUCAGAAUUUUUAUUUUCCCUGUCUUUCCUUUGGAAGAAAACGAUUCAAUGGAGUACUAAGACGAAAUUAUUGAACUCAUAAAGAUGAAUUUUUUUUGAUUGCUUGAAAAAAAUUUUUAAAUUAGUUUUUUUUAUUGCUUGAAAAAUGUCUCAUGAAGAGUUUUUAAAAACGAUUUUGUAUAGUUCAUAAUUCUGUAAUAAACUGAAAGUCGGGUGAAAAAAUUGAAUAUAAGACGAAAUAAACCUUGGAAAAAUGGUUUAAAAAAAGAUAAUGUCAAAAAUAAAAAGGUGCAGCGCUAUAAUGAUUGGAUAGCAAUAGACAAAAAAAUAAUUUUAUUUCAAAAAUCAAAAAUUCAAAAAAACGCCCGUGUUUCAUUAAUUUUCAAUGGAGCUUCUGAAAUAGAAAAAAAUUUGAAUAUAAAAAAAUAUUAAUAUAUCUUCAAAAAUUGAUGAUAAUGCUUUUUGUUCUCAACUAUAUUAAAAACACCUUAAGUGGCUCCUUUGUAUUUUUUUUUAGUUUAUUAUUUGAGCAUUGACUUUGAAUUUUUUUCUAGUUAAAAUGACGGCUUUUUUUGUUGAAAUUCUGUUCCAAAAAAAUCAUUUUUCAGUUUCAAAAAAAUAAUAUUCACAUCUAUAAGUUGAAAUGAAAACCCAAGAAUGAUUAAAAUUUACAGAUGAAAGUUUUUGAAAAAAAUAGCUGAGAGAACAGCAAAAAAAUAUUGAAGUAAAGAAAUUGAAUUUAAAAUAAUUUUUCCUUUUUGAAAAGAUUUGAAUCUUCUGUGAAACACCGUUGGAAUGUAUUGACAACGUGUACUUAUCCAGAAAUCGUCAUAAAGGCGUCCCAAUAACAAAAAAAAAAUGGAAAAGUAUUUUGAAGAGCACGUGCAGCCGUAAACUCAAGAAUAUUCUUUUUCCAGUCCCAAAGCCGCGCCCUGAUCAUGAACACGUUGACGAGCAUGGUCAAGGGCCUUGGAAAUGGCGGAUCGACGGUCCACAAGGAUAUUUACAAACUCGCCAAAACCGCCAUCACCGAUAGAGCCAUUUACGUCAAAGUCUCCGCCGCUGAGGUUUUUUUUUCAGAGAAUUUUUAAACUUUGUAAUUUUUAUCACGUUUUUUAAAGCUUCUGCUUGAUUUUUUUAAUCGAUCAUUUUCGUUAAUUUUCGUCGAUUAUUUCAGCUAUUUUUAAAAAGAAAGUUGGCUUAAGGAAAAGAAAAACUGACCGAAAUGCCUUUUGAAUGCUGAAUUUUAUUCCUUUUCGAAACAUUUACUCAAGUUUGCAGCUUCAAGCCGAGGAGAAGUCAGAAAUAACUAUUCAAUCCUUAAUAAGACCAAUUUAUGGAAUUGGAGCAGUUCAUAAUUCUGAUUUCUCCUUGUCAUGUCACUGCAAAUUCUUGAUAAAAGCUUAGAAAAAAAUCAAUGAUAACAAAAAGAAAUUCAACAUUUUUUUUGGUUAAUUUUUUUGACAAUUGGAGGUGUAAUUUUGUUUUUCCAAAUUUCCUCACAGCUCAAAGAUUUCUAUCGCUAGUUAACUGAUACAAUAACUUUGAAAUCUAUCUUUUGGAGUAGCUGCAGCUUUUUCGGAAGUUAGAGCACUAGCCUGAGCUGAAAAACAAAAAAAUCGAUCUGAAAAAUUUUCGUGGGAAAGUUCUUGAUGUUGGUUUGCUGAGAGAUCCAAGAUUUUAUGCUCAAAAGUCAGAAAGAGAUAUGAAUACAUUAUUUUUUCAGUUCGAAAGUUCAAAAACCUGUAUUUUGAUGUAAGCUAGCGGUGAAGUUAGCAGUAAAUCUGGAAUAAAAGAUUCAUUUUUCAGUGCUCUGUAGACGUCAAGACUAUGGGCUCAGAAAACUGUCUUUCUGGGAAGAUGUUUAGUGGCCUCUAUAGAGGCUCGCCAAGGGCUAUUUGGAGAGGACACUAAAGUGGCCACUAAAUUCACCUCUAUAGUGGCCACUUCAGUAGUUUUUCAUCCAGUAUUCCUUCCAGUAACUGAUAAUUUUAAAACAAACAGGUUAGACCAAUUAUGUUGAUCCAUUGACCCCUAAAGUAGCCACUAAAAGUUUUGAUGGACUAGUAGUAGCACUUAGACCUCUAUAGUGGCCACUAAUUUUUAACCCCUUAAGUGGCCACUAAUUUGUCUACUAUAGUUGCCUCUAAAACUUCAAAACCCUAUAGUGGCCACUGAAAAUUUCCCAGUUCUUUUCUGUGAUGGUCUAAACAAAAAAUCUAAAUAAAUAAGGAAAAAAUGGAAAUGGAUGAAUUCCGCAGUCCCUGACGGUUCUGUAGACAUCAAAACUAAGCUUGGAAGGUUCAGAAAACUGUCUUCUUGUUUAUGAUGAGCUAUCUAAAAAUCCAGAAAAAGCAAGAAAAAAUAGAAAUGGAUCAAUUUUUCAGUGCCUGACGGCCCUGGUCCCCCUCUACACGCCCCUGUUCACGACGGAACUCGAGGCGGCGUGCACCCUCUGCGUGAAGGCCUUCGACGGCGCCACCUACGAGUUGCGGUUCUCGGUGGCGCGAUUCAUGGCGACCCUCGUCGCGACUUCCCUCCAGCCGCCCCCCGGCGCCACAAUCAGUACGACUCUUUUGUGUACGGCUCGCUAGUUUUUUCCUGAGUCGAUUAGGAACGGGACUUUUUAAGAAUAAAAAGGGAAAUUGGACAGGAUUUUGAAAAGUAGAGCAUAUCUGGAUUUAAAUCACGAUUUUUUGAAAAAAAGUAAAUUUGAUGUAGGUUCUUCAAAUUUGAAUUUUGAAACAUCAUUUUAUUUGAAGGAGAAUUUCAAAGAGAUUCCAAGAUUUCAAGCUAAUAAGUCUUCCCUGAAAAUUCGAAAAUCUCUGUAAAAGGAGCAGGAUUCAAAUAUAAGUUGAUCACGUUUUUUUCAAAAAAAUUAGUCUUUCUAAGAUUAUUUAUACGGUCGAUUUAUGAAGUUUCAAUUUAAAAAGAGGAUAAUUUUUUUAUGAUUUCAAAAAAAUCAUGAUUAAUAUUCUGAAAAAAAUAAUUUUCAUAUUUUACGGUUUUAUCGAUUAGAAAGUUUUUAAAUAGCGGAAAAAAAUUCAUUUUUUUGGAUGCAAUGGAAAUUUUUUUCUCUACUUUUUUUCAUAUCAUAUGACGAUUUUGAUAAAAUUUUGAUUGAGAAAAAUCGAUUUUUUUGAUUGAAAAGUGUUUUUAACCGUUUUCCGAUAAAGCUUAAGCAUUUUAUCCGUGUUCAACUUUUUUUUCUCUUCAAAAGUUACAUCCCUGUUCCUGGUCCAUUUUUAAUGUUGUAGUGCUUCUGAGUCUUUGCUUUGUAUUCUUCUCAGUCUGCUGGAAAAGUCGACCGGUCUGUUAGGUUCGGAGAGUUUUUGUAAUGGCUAUUUUUUAUUUUUCAAAGUUUACAAGGUUUUUUUGACAUUAUCAACGCGUUAACGGUUGAACAGUACAUUUAUGAAAGUUUAAAGUUUUUCCAAAAAAAUCACUUUUUUUGAAGAAUUUACUAUUUAUCACUGUAAAGCGCUCUCUUAUGAUUUCCAGUCUUUGACGGCUUAUUUGAAUUUCGCCGAAUCAAUUUUAACAACAACCCUCCGAAUCAACCAUAAAAAAGGAAAACCUUCCGAACCAAUCGACUUUUCCAGCAUGCCCAACCUCUGAGAUCCGCCAAUUAUUCAAAAACUGAUUCAAGGCGGCAAAUCGAACCAGCCGGUACCGGUGAAGGCGGCGAGCCUCGAGGAAAGUCUCCAACUGCUGGCCGCCGGAUUUCUUCGAGGCGGAAUCGGCGGUUUCCUGAAAGGAAGUUCCGGUGGCGCCGUCGUCGCCGGAGGCCAGAAAGACGUCAGAAUCGGAGUGGCCAUGGUUCGGAUCUUUGAAGGGAUUGUAGGACCUUUUGCCAAACGGAGUGUAUCUGUGUUUUAUCAAACACUUUCACGGGAAAGGUCAGAGUGAGCGUUUAAGCGUCAAAAAAAGAAAACAGAAAAAUUAGCUUCGUGCCUAAAAUCGGCAAUGAACUUCUUAUAGGCUUCAACUUUUCGAGAAAAAACUUUUUUUUUAUCGAUUCUUGAACUCUUUUUUUCUGGGUCUGAUCUUGAUUUUCUCCUUUUCAAUACGCUUUUAUCCUUUUAAAAAUAAUUUUCGGGUAAAAAGUCACGAAAAGUACCUAAGAAGGUGUUUAAAAACGUUUCUAGUGGAUAUAAUUACAAAAACGAAAAAAAGCGAUUUUUUUCAAAGAAAUUUUUUUCUCUACAAGUUUCUAGAGAAAAACAUUGAAAAAAAGCACUUUUAAUGAGAUUUUAAUUUUUAAAUAGGAGAACUAAAAGACAUAAAAAAACACCGGUAGAAAUCGCAAUAUUUUGUUCUUAAGGUGUGGAAAUAAAAUUCUUUGAUUUGACUGAUUUUUACGCAAAAAAUCCGUUGCGCAAAGAUCCUACGUUUCUCUUGAAAAAAAAAACCUGGAAUAUUUAAUUGAAGGCUCACGUUGAAAUGAUCCGCGAACUGGGCUCGACAUGGCUCGAGAAGAACCUCGGCGCCGUUUGUCAGCAUCUCAUCGAUUUGGCGGCACGAUGCGGUCAUCUGGCCUAUUCGACGUGGGUUUGGAAUGGUUUUCGAGAAGGAUGAGAAAUAACAAGAUUUGACGAUAUCAUUAUCCGACUUAGGAACAUCAGAGUAGUCACUAUAGGGGCAAAUUUAGGGGUCUUGAAGGGUUCCCUCUAGAGCCCGCUUUACCAACCCCUUCAGAGGCCACUAAAGCUUGCAAAAGUGGUCCCUCAAGGGAUUUUAGUCGAUAAUUGCUAUGAACUUUGAGCGAAGAAGCACUUCCAUAGGAAAAACUGAAUAAAUAAUCGUUUUUUGAAUAAAAUUGAAAGACCCCUAUAGGCUCCACUUGAGAUUUAGGGGCUGAUGGGUCAGCGCGUAAACCCCUAGAGGUACCACCUCAGCUUUACCAUUAUAAGGACCACUUUUUCGCUUCCUAUAGGGGCUGUUCUUCUUCCUAACCUCUAUAGGGACCACUCUGGAAAAAUAAAAAACCAUCUCAUAGUUUAUUUUUAGAUCGUAGCUAUUUGUUUUGAAAAACGAGGAACCGAAAUUGAUAAAAAAACAGAUGUACUAAUUUUUUUAACGUUCAUAGUUCUUCAAUGCAAGAGAAAUCUGUGUUUUCCAGUAAUCCCGCCCAAAUUUCUGAAGCGUCGACCCUUCGAAGAUGUGUUUCCUACAUGGUCCGGUCGACGAUCGGGACAAUGCUGGGCGAAAACGCCCAGUUGGCCGCUUGCAAACACCUCGGAGCCCUCCUCGCCCACCACAUCAAUUCUUUCGGUUCCUUGGAAACAGAGAAUGUUGAAUGAUUUGUCCCCCUUGAAGAUUACUCGGUCGAACCGGGAGCCGAGAGAAGUUUGGGAAGCGACGCCUACGCGAGUGGAUACGCCGCCACGGUGGCUGUUCUCGAACUCUCGGCGUUGGUUCGGCAAAUCGGCACCGCUGUGACGCCGUUGUUUGUCGAGGCUUCGGGUAAUUUUGUCAAGGAUAUGAAAAAAUUGAAAAUUCUGGACUUUUUUUGCCCCCUUUACGAAUCCCCCAAAUCUUAAAAAUUUUUUUCAAAAAUUUUUUUCUUUUUCUUAGCAAUGUCAGAAAGCAGGUGAAGCUCAUUCCGCGCCAGCCUGUCUCGUUUUUGAAAAAAAGAAGAUAUAUAUUUAUAUAUAUACCAAAUUUCGCUUCAAGACCUUUUUCGCAGUUUUGUAGAGCAAAAAGCUGUUUUUUUAUGGUAGUUUUUUUUCUGCUGUAAGGAACCGUUUUCCCGGAAUGCACUAUGUUCAAAAAAAUGUUCCAGAAAAAGGUGGAAAAAAAGACCCUUUUUUUCAUUUUUAUAGUAUGUUUUCGAUAUAUUUAUAGAAAGUUUCUAAAGAGCAUUUUUCGGAAAAACUACCUUCAAAAAAAUAAAAAGAUUCAUCAGAAUAUGAGCAUUUUUUUAGUUCUCAAAUUCUCGAAAAAAAUCCCAUUUUUUUGAAAGUUUUCGGAUAAUGUUCUCAAAAAAAUUUUUUUUAAAGGGGUCAGAAAUGGUUAUGAAUAAUCGAAUUUUACUUUUUGUUUAUUUGCAAGGCUCUCUGUGAAUCAAAUGACUGAAAAAUUCGACAAUAUUAAAAAAAUGGACCCUGAAAAAGAUUAUGUGGUUUAUUAAAAAUCAUUUUUAAUUUUUUUAGCUUUGAUAUUCGUAGGCUUUUUUUAAACCUCUAUGCUGGGAAAGAUGAAAAAACUGAGAAAGCAGAAAUUGCAGUUCCGAGAAUACCUUAUAAGGGUUCUUUUUAGUUUGAAACAUUUUUGUACCCCCCUCGAAGAAAUAUUCAUCAUUGUUCAGUUCAGGAGAUGCCAGGUUGAAACUGGUGUUCUAAAAUUUGACCGUUAAGUUUUCGAACGGUUAUAACAUGUCAUUCUUCUGACCAUUCUUUUGACCGACCAGUUUCCGAAAUUGACGAAAUCGUCCGACCUGAAUAGUUACAUUUUGAAGGGUCAAAAUAUGACCGACCAUUUUGAGAGUGACAUUUCGAACGGUUGCUCUGAAGGGACGUAUUGAAAUGUUGAAGCUCCAACCGUUCGACCAAUGACCAUAUGUUAUUUUGAAAAAAUAUCGGUCAACUUUCGGAACUAUAGUCGAAACGUACUGGGUUUGCCCAACUUUUAGGGAUUAUGGAGCCGGUGUUCGCCUGUCUUUUGCAUCCGGUAACCGCAACACGAUUAGCCACUGCUUGGUGUCUCCGCUGUGUGACCAUCGCUGUGCCCAGUCAACUCACUCCUCUCAUUGAGCGCUGCAUCAGCAGGUUGAUGAUGUUUGUUUAUUCCAGAAACAGGAACAAGGUUGAUCACUCUCAUGUUGGCACCCGUAAGAGCUACCCGUUUAACCCUAGCCGAGCAAACGCAAUUUUUAGCCGCUCAUAAACCGCGUUUUAGUCCAGGAGAUCACUCGAAACGUUAAAAAAGACCGGUGAUCGGCAGCAGUACCCGUUUUGCAAAAUCAGGACGUAGUAGCCAAACGGGGGCGACUGAUCACCUUUAUGCACACUCAGGCACUUAGGGGCGUCAGAGUAGUACUUUAAUGCUCUAUUAAAAAUUCACUUCAAUUACUGUUUCGAAGAAUAGUAACAGAAUAAAAUUUAUAAAAAUAAUUAGUCGACAACAGCUUCUUUUCAAAAGAGCAUGCUGGAAAAGUCGGUCGGUCAGUUUGGAAAACUAGUCCACGCCGCAAUUUUGCUCCAUGGAACACUUAGAUAUUCAAAUUGUUUUCUGAAUUUUUCUUCCUUUUUUAAAUUUUAAUAAGAAGGAUUUUCACUCAUUUUCAUUCAAUUGUAUCGUUCUCGCUAGCAAAAUACGAUGGAUACUGCAUUCAAAAUUAUAAAUUGAUUCAAUUUUUUUAAAAAAAUUCUCACAUUUUUUUGGCUCCAAAAAUAGCUUCAUCUAACCAAAUGAGCAAAAUUGAAAAAUCAUAAGUGAUCUGAAAAUGAGAUAAUGUGUAAAAUACACACGAAAAAUGGCAACACUACCUAGGGAAACAAUAAUAAAUAAGGACCAGUUUGGUUCAAAAUGAGGAGCAUGUGUCUCAUAUCCUAGAAAAUUGAUAAAAAGGAAGAAAAAAUAUAGAAAAGGGGAUAAAAAAGUCUGAAAUUCGAUUUUCCAUGGAGCAAAAUUGUGGCGUGGUCUGGUUUUUUAAACCGACCGACUUUUCCAGCAUGCCUUUCAAAAUUGGCUAGUUCGAAUAAAAAAAAGCAAUUAAAAAAGAAAAAACCUCUUUUAAAACGAGACUCUGCAGGCUGGACCACAUGAAGUCGUCUUCGGAUGCGAUCAGCGGCUAUUCCUUGGCCCUGGCUUCGUUGGUUUCCGGUUCCGCGGACUGCAAACUCGGGAUCCCCUACGCGAAGCCGGUCCAAGUCCUCAAUUGCGCCGAGAACAUGCUCAAAACGGCGACUCAACAAAGUCGUUUGGCGAUCGCCAAAUUGGAAGCCGGAUGGAACCUCAUCUACGCCUUGGUGUCUCUCAGUUCGUGUUUAUCAGAGAUUUGAGAAGAAGCUUAUUCUUCGGAACACCAGAGUGGUCUCCAGAGGGGCUACCUUGUGGGCUCUUGUGAGUACCCCACCUAGAUAUAAGGGGACACGAAACCAGACUAGAGGGUUUGGUUAAUGGCCUCUCUAGGGCAGCAUUCUAGGCAAGACAAAAAAUCGAAGAAGCUUUGACGUCAGAUCCUAUACUCAUAUAGGGACCACUAGAAAGGCUUCUUACGCUUACCCCUCUAGGGACCACUCCGAAGUUUGUAUGUUUUUGACUGAAGCUAUUUAUCUCCAGUUAUGGUCACUUUAAAAAAAAACUGAAGCAUACUUUUUGACCUGCUUUCAAGUUUUUUUUUGCAUCCCAGCCGCCCGUUUCCAGAUUCCCCACUGAUGAAGGAGCACAUGGACAAGAUCAUCACCCUGUGGCGAGCCGCAUUCCCGCGGAGCGCAAAAGAAGCCGAAGCCGAGAAAUCCCGCGGCGAUUCCUUCUCAUGGCAAUGCGCGAUGGUCUCCCAGGCCGGAGCCCUGUCCGUGAUGUGCGGCGUCGCGUCGCAGCCCGAACUGGCGACCCGCGACAACGCCGUCGCCUCCAUGCUCCUGCCCAUCGAGUGCAGCCUCGUCAUGAUGUCCCAGUCGGUUUUUGGCAGCUUUUGGGCGGAUUUACCGUUUCUGGACUGAUACAAAAAUAUUUAUUUUAUCUUUGUGCCAAUUUUUCGAUUUUCUUGGAGUUUUUGGAGAACUGGCAAAAACUUUUUCCGGAAAAAUAAAUAAGAAAAUUUAGGAUUUCGAAUCGGCACACUCAAACCCGACUUACAAAAAACGAUUUGCGCAACUUUUUUUUCAAACUUUUGUUUUGGCGAAAAAAAAAGAAGUUUAAUUAUUCCUUCCGUAGCAAAUAUUUGGCGAUUUCAUCUCAAUGCAAGUUUUCGGCACAGUCAGUUCGAGGAGAAAAAGAACGUUAAAAACAAAAAUUAAGGAUUUUAAAAAGGAAAAGAAGAGACAAAUGAAACAAAAACCCAUUUUUAAACCAAAAAUCAUCAAAUUUUUUCAUUUAUGACACAUAAAAAGUUUUUCGGAUAAACUGUUAGGAACUAAAGAUAUAUUAAAUAAAGGGAUAAUCUUAUCAAAUCUUUUUGAAGUACUCCAUUUCAGCGUCGGAUCUUUGAUACGAACCUACGGGGGAAGGAUGCGGCAGUUGAACAGCUUGGUUCGGAUCCGACUCUACAAACUUCUUAUGCUUCUUCCGCCGAGGACGUAUGAAAGUAAUAUCGUUUUGAAGUUUCAAUCUAGCUUUAAAAAAUUUAUUUUAAGCUUGUCGUAUAUUUUGAAACGAUCGAUAGCAUUCCGUUUAGCAUAUAAUAUUUAUCUUAUGAUGUACAACUUGAAUACUAUUCAAAAACUCUAGAAAAACUAUUACCAACCAAGUUUUCGGGUAAAAACAACGUAGGCUAAUUAAGGGUUCUACGCAGAAAGCAAUGUACGGUAGCGCGCACAUUGAUUGUGUGUAGAUUUACGGGGAUCCCGCAUCCCACAACAAUAAGCAUAAUCACGAGAUUUUUUCAAUCUAAGCUAGAUCGAUUGAAGAUACUUUUCUAGUGAGAAAUCUGGGAAAACGGAAAAUUAGUGCAAGUUUCUUGGUGUAUGACAUAAAUUUAUACAUAUUUUUUUCUCUCAAGAGGGCCAUUUUUUUAUGGAAAAACUCGAGAUUUUUCAAUUUUUUUCAAAUUUUUUUGAAGGAAGAUUAGUUAUAUUAGCUACUUGUGUGAACUAUUUUCGUUUUUUCCCAUUCGGACCCCGAAAAUUACUGAAAAUUCCUAGUUAUCACUUAAAGGAGCUGACGCCGCUAGAGUGAUCACUAGAAAAGUCUGUUUAACGAAAAUUCGUAGUUAUCAAUUUCGAAACAAAUAAAAGUUCACGGAGCGAAUAUAUAUCUUAAUCUAGGCAAUCAAAGAUUUUCGGGCUUUUCAGAAAUUUUACAUUGAAUUGCACUUCGUUUUCCGUGAAAUUCUUUAUUUUGUGGCAUAAGUUUUCUCGACUCAGACAUUCGUAACGCGAAACGGACGUGCUCCGGACGUUUCUGGACAGUUCUAGGGUUCACUUAAGAGUGCCUACGCUACUAAAGGGGUCACUAGAAAUGCCCAGAAACGUCCGUUUCGCGUUACCAAUGUCCGAGCGAGGCUUCUGGCAAUGAAAAAGUAGAAGUCAUUGUCAAUCUUACAUGAGUUCAUUACACACUUCUAAAAUCCCUCAGGCUGCUACGUGUCUCUGCUCCGCGAACUGGUGGCCGACAUCACGAUGUCGGACAACGGCCAGAGCUCCCUGAUGACGUCACUUCCCAACCAACUCUGCUCCGGCGCCGAGCAAAUCCUGCUCUCGCCCUGGUUCGGAACCACGGACCAGGCCAUGGUCGAGGAUAUGGUUGGUAGGGUCAUCAAGAAACAGGAAUCAUCGAAAGUGAAAGUAAUUGAAUGAAGAAAAAUUUGAAUUAUUUUCUCAAAGUGAAAUCCAAGCUGUCUUUUUUAUAUUGGUAUUAGAGCGUGUAAGCGUCGAAAAAACGCUCGGGCAUGCUAUAAAGUACGAACUUUUACAAAAUGCGACCGCUUUUCUGGGCUCCACGGCGAGUUAAUAAAACACGGACGUUUUUUAAAUUUACAUUAUUCUUUUGAAAUACAAUGAGGUUUUUAUUUUAUUUUUUUUCCUAUAGAUUCUGAUCAGUAUAUUAGUUCCUCUUUUGUAUUUUUGACAGUUUCGCCUUCCAAACCAUUUUUUGAAAUUUUAUGUGUGCCAUAAGUUCAAUUUUUUCACCUUCUUAGCGGUUUGAUACAGAUCCAUGGACUGUAGAAAAACGUUCUUAAUGAGAAGUUUUUGAAGCAAUUAAAAAAAAAAUCGUAAUGAGUUCAUUAUUUGCUUCGUAGUUCUUUUUUGAAUCGGAAGGAAAGAUCGGAAAAAAUACAAAUUUUGAAAAAAAAAAGGUCCAGAAAGAGUGAGAUAAGGAACGCCCGUAUUUUAUUAAUUUCCAGCGGAGCGUUCGCCUUUUUUCGCAUUUUCGCAUUUCCGCACUUAUAGCAUGUCUAAACUCGUACACAAGUUUGCAAAGUUGGAAAAGUAGAAGCCGUAUUGGAAAGCUAACACAUUUAAAUUUUUAAAUUAUUGAAGAAACCGGAAGGUCUGUUUUGAAUAUCUGAAGUGUUCAGAUGCAAACAAUUUCCUGCGAUUUGGGAGCUAUGGGCGAUGACGUCACUUGUGUCAUUAGGUGGGUUCAAAUAUUUAGCUCCUGGAAAGUUUAAAGAAGCUUCUUGGCAAAGCAGAAGCUUCAAUUGUAUAAUUUUUCCGCUCAAAAUAUCAGAAAAUUCAAGCCUGAAAUAAAUUAUUCUGCGUAUUUCUCAGCUCCUCCGCUGAACGGGUAGAAGACUUGUGGCCGGAAAAAGACUCGACGCAAUUGGAAUGUCUCGACGCGGCAAUUCAAGCCUAUGGAAAGGUUGUUCUUUGUUGCAUUUCGUCAAAUUGUCCAUUCACAGCUGUCUUGUCAUGGAAAUUAUCUUUUUUUAUGAUUAUUUUCUCAAUUGCUUCUUUUAAUUCCUGAUAAGAUCAUAAAUUGUGUAGAAAAUCCGUUUUUCCAGGUCUUCCCAUUGGUCGCUACCAAGCACAAAGUCCAAAUAACUGAACAUUUCGGUGAAGUUGUGAAAAACUGCAAAAAUGCGGCGCGCCAACAAGCUGUAGGAUCUGUACCGAAAAUACAGCGAAAUUGAAGUCUUCAGAUCCAUUUGAACGUCUUGACGGCGGCGAUGUUGGCCUACAAAUCGCUGUGCGAGCAGAGAAGUCCUCGCGUUGACAACGAACAGUUGCAAAAAGUAAAAAUUAAUAAAAUUUGUGUAGAGUUUGAAAAAUAUACUCAGCAGUCAGUAAUUUUUUUUAGAAAAAGAGGAUUUUCAGAAGAACUUACCGUUUCAAGUUGUUACAAAAAUCGCAGUUUUUUUAUAUUUUCACUAAUACAGCUGAGUUAAAUUUUUUUUCUUGAUGAAGUCGAAGUAUGAAUCCUGACUGAAUCAUAGUCAUGGAACAAGGCGUUUUCAGUAAAUCUAUUGAUUUCUUAUCGAUUGAAAAAUAACGCUGUUUUGACGAGAAAGAAAGGUAAAACAGUUGUAUACUUCUAUCUUUGAGGCAAGCGUCGCCCUGAUCGUCCCGGCCUUGUCGAGUUCCAUGGGAGUGACGCGUUUCAUGGCGGCAGAAGCCUUGGCGAGACUCGCGCAGGCCGUCGCCGUCCCUCAGGUCUGGAAAGAAGCUUUUGGUGGAAUCUCGAUGUUUUGUGUUGAGACUGAUUUUAAUUGCGAGAAGAAUUACUUGAAUCUACGAAAUGGUCUUCAGACCACCAAUAGACUUGCGCGCGUCAGUUUAACGAAUCUUAUAAUGUGAUUAGAGCGCUUUGAGCCAUUCCAAAUGCGACCAGUUUUUCGAUUUCCAGUGAAAAAUGAUAUCUAAGGCUUUUGAUCGUUGUGAAAUUGGUUUUUAGAAAGCUCCAUCGAAAUUCUGAAUUUUUUAACAUUAAAAGUAAGCUUCUUCAAGAUUCUUGGAAAAUCAUUAAGCAAAUUUUUUUCUGGUUUUCAUGAAAAAUUGAACGUUUGCAGUUCGUCGCCUCGAUGGCCCAGUACUGCUUCGACAAGCUGAAGACGUGCCGCGACGCUCCGAACCGGGCGGGCCAUUCCCUGGCCCUCGGAUGCCUCCAUAGACACGUCGGCAGCCUCGGCAGUGGCCAGCAUCUCAACACGGGCGUCUCCGUCGUCUUGGCCUUGGCCCAGGACACGAGUUUCCCCGGAGUGCAAUCCUGGUCCCUCGUCGCGAUGGCCCUGAUCGCCGAGACCGGCGGUGGAAUGUUCCGAGGCUUCGUCGAACUUGUCCUCAGCGUCUGUUUGAAGCUGCUGCUGUCCACGCCCUCGGCGAACGUCGAAGUCGUCCAGGGAAUCGGGAAAUUGGUUGGUGAUGAACUCCUAGGCCGAGAAGAGCUCUGAGUUCAGCUGACGGCGUUGAUCACUUGCGUCGGUCCGGAACUUGCCUGCGCCGGGGUCAUUGAUGGAGUUCGAACUUCUUUACUGGCAGCGUGUGCGAUACAGGUGAUUUUCAAGGAGUGGUCGUUAUUAAAAAUCAAAAAAAGGGAUCAUAGUUUAUAAAUAAGUUGUUAGGCAAGCGAAAAAAGAUGAGAAAAUCGAAAAAAGUUUUUUUUUUUGAAUAGGUUGGAUUUUUAUCAGUGGAGCAAACUUACACAUGAAAACUCGGCCGGUAGUUUUAAGCUUUUUUUUUCCAAAGGCUCUAGUUUUUUUUUUUCAAAAUGUUUUUUCAAAGAACGGAGUUCUACCAACAAAACGCUGUAUUCCUUGGACCAGGCUUGCUAAUUUCCAGCUGGCUCAUCCUGACCCUUCGAUUCGGGCCGAAGCCAUUUCGGGACUCCAGCAAAUGCAUCUUUUCGCGCCCCGCUACGUGCAUCUGAGUCAGUUGGUCGUCGACAUUUGCUCGCUUCUUUCUUCGCAACAUCUCGCCAUAAGGAAAGCCGCCGUUUCCUGCCUUCGACAACUCGUUCAGAGAGAGGCCAGAGAGGUUUGCAUCAUCAUGUAUUCUUUGAAGGACGUCUGAGGCUCAUACAUCUGCAGACGAUUAUUAGAAGACCCUUCCCAGCCUUCUUUAAUUGAAGUCAUCGUCCCGAGAAGUCGCAAAACUAGUUUCAGAAAUCAGAAACGAACAAAAACUUGAAAAAGCAGAAUCUUUUAAAAAUUGACCUGAAGAAUGAGAAAUUUUCCCGAUGAAAUGCUGAUUUUUAGGUCCGAGAACACGCCCAAGUACUCGUUCCUCAAGGCGUCGUCGAUGAAAGUCGAAAACUCCCCCUGCCUGACACUGGCCUCGAAGGAGCGCUCUUUGGAAUGCUCGACGUCGAGAUCCAUUCCGAGAUCCGAUCACAGAUCCAGGUAAUGAUAGAUCUUCCAAUUUAUUCCAUGUUUCCCGAAUUCCAGGAGACGUUGAUAUCCCUGGUGCAAGGGACCAGCAGCGAGCUUCUGAACAACUGGCUGUCCCUCUGUAAAGACAUCCUGGCGACUUCGAACGACAACGUCCGCAGCACGUUGAUCGUCGAAGAAAAGCCUCGCGACAAGGCCGGCGACGACGCCGAAGACGACGAAGACGAGGGCGGCGACGACGACGUGAACCUCGCCGGCACCCACUCGGCGAUCGUCGGCAAAGGCCGACUGCAGCCGCGAUGGUCGACCAAGGUGUUCGCCACGGAGAUCGUCCAGCGACUGAUGAGCGUCUGCGACACGGAACGCGCCCAUUUGGACCUCGCCCUCGCCAAGGAACUCCAGAUGACUUCGGGUUUUUGGAAAAUCCAUAGAAAAUGUUGAUUAUUGAAUGAUCAGGUGGAAGAUGCGAUUAUUUGGUUCUGCAUCUCUCUGACCUCGUGAGGAUGUCUUUCAUGGGGGCCACCAGCGACAAUUCUCAGCUCAGAUUGGCUGGACUUCGCUCCUUGCAGGUUUUAAGAGGAGAAAAUAUGAACAGUCAUAAACCUUAGAAAUAUUCUGUGUCUAGGGAGUGAAUUUUCUGAGGUCUAAUUUUCAGGUUUUGAGAUUUUGAAAGUGAAAAAAGCAGCUCGACUAGGAAAAAAUCUAAAUUUAAAAAAUGUCGUCCUUUUUUAGAACCUAUAAAUAUUUUCUAUUCGGGAAAGCAACUUUCUGAGGCCUCAAUAAUCGAAAAAAUCACCUGAAAGUUGAUCCUUUCGCAAUGAAGCGCAUCUGACGGAAAGCUUUGUCUUUCCAGGAUGUGAUCAAUCGAUUCUCGACGGUUCUCGAGCCGGAGUUCCCGGGACACGUCAUUCUGGAGCAGUUCCAAGCCCAAGUCGGCGCGGCUCUUCGUCCUGCCUUCACGGACGACACUCCGAGUCAUGUCACUGCAGCGGCUUGUCAGGUCAGCAGGAAAAAUAAGGAAAUUGAAACUGCAUUUUGAAUAAAAUUAAGUCAAAAUUAGGUGUUUUCUCAGUUUUUCUUUUCCUCCAGUUUGUUUGAUUCACUAGACGAAGGCCCUGAAAGAUACAAUCUGCAAGAAAAUCUAGUUUUUUUCUUUUUUUUUGGGAGUACUAAAUUGUUGACAAAUCCGUUCGUGAAAAAUAGAGAUUUUGGCAAAAUAAGACUUUAAAGAUACUUUUCUAGUCUGUCAAAGAGUUUUCUGCUUUCUAUUCUCUAUGAUUUUUUUCAAAAAUGCUCUGAAGGGCUAGGAAAUUAUUCCUUCUUGCGGAAACUUACGAUUCACAACGGAGGUCAUUUAACUUUGCAGUUGGGAGAUUCCUGAAGGUUAGCCAGAACACUCUUUGAUCCACCUGAUGAAGAUCCUGGAAGUCACAACCUACACGACUUCCUAGUUUUCGAAAAAUGAGCGCUUAAAGCCUCAAAAUAGCCUAUUUUAACGGGUUUUUAGUGUUUUUUUUGCCUUUAAGGUGUCCUUUCUCGAAAACUAGAAAGUUGUGCAGGUCAAGACUUUCAGGAUCUUGAUCUGGUAAAUCAAGAAGUGUUUUGACCAAUUUUCAGAAAAUUCCCAACCCCAAAGUAAAAUGACUUCCCUUGUCGGGCGGAAAAAAUUUUCAAAAUUGCAGAAAAAAAAAUGUUUUCAGGCUAAUUUAUUGAAUCUGGAAAAGUUUUGUUGAGAGGGUGAUCCAUCGUUUUUACAGCCGUUUUUUUAAUGAUUUUUAUAUUCAUUAAAUUUUUAGGUGUGCAGCACUUGGAUUGGGAGCGGCGUGGCGCGAGAUUUGAACGAUUUGCGAAGAGUUCAUCAUGUAAUUUCCCUCAGAAAGUCUUCAUUUUCCCAAUCGAUCUCCUUCAGCUUCUCGUGUCCUCCCUGAGCAAACUCAAGCACGGAUCCAUCAACACCCAACUCUACAGCGAAAGCGCCGCAACCCUCGAGAAACUCUCGAUUCUGAAGGCUUGGGCGGAAGUUUAUGUGACGGCGGUUCGACAAGAGGAAUCGAGGAGGGACGACAGGACUGAUGAGCUCAACGAUAAUUGUGAGUUUCCAAGAAAAAUCAAGAGGGACUUUUUUCAGAGUAGCCGCUAUAUAGAAAGUUCGAAAAACGAGCUCGAUUUUUUUUUAUUUGCUUGUCCUUUAUGAUUUUUCUUUACUUCCUGGCGUCUACUAGCAUAAAGCUUGUUGCUUUUUUCUCAACUUUUAUAGAUUCCGAAUUUUUCCAGACGAUGACGGCAGCUGUCGAGAAUCGUUAUUAUCACUGGUCGAACCCGAACUCGAAGCAUUGAUCGCCUAUUGGUUGGCUUCUCUCCGCGAUGCGGCCAUGUUAUCCCUGCCUCUCCACUUUUCCAAUCAAUUACCGACUUCCGGAGGAGCUUUCUUCACACUUCAAAGCGCUGAGGUUUGCAGAUCUCGAAAUGAUUUUGUAGUACACUGUAGCAGCUCCUGAUUCCAGCACAAUUAGAAAUUUUCACCAAUUUUUUGAAUUUUAACGGUUAGUCGAAGAAAAUGCGAAACCAAAAACUCUGUGGGCGGAGUCAUUCCGUCGUUCCCAAGUGACGUCAUGCGAACGGCAGAGAGUUUUUGGAGCCGCAUUGCCAGACGUCUUUGAGACGAAUCGAAUUUUCUCUAAAUAAACGCAAUUUUCUGCGCGAAAGCGGCGCGGUGCAUGCACACGACACACCACACUUGACGGAGAAAAAGUGGGGGUGGUUGAAAAAAACGCCCGUGUUUUGAAGCUAGCUAACUUUUUUACAAAAAACGUCCCGUGACACGGCAUUUUUGUUAUGAAAAGAAAUGCGGUAAAUGAUUGCAAAAACUCGGUGGGCGGAGUCAAAACCUGCGCCGUUCCCAAGUGACGUCAUGAAACCGGCUUCCGGCUCUAAGAGCGUAAAUAACAGGGCAUAUUAAAGGCACAUGCGGCCAUUUUGUCAGAGGCCUUUGAAACGAUUCGAAUUUUCUUUAAAUACACGCAUUUUUUCUGCGCGAAAGCGGCGCAGUGCAUGCACACAACACACGACACUUUACGGAGAAAAAGUGGGCGUGGUCGAAAAAACGCCCUGGCUCUUCAAUCAACGGUUUUCCUCGACGUUUUGUGUAUUUACGCUAAUUUUGAAACGAUAUAACUCAAAAAAAGAAGAUCUAUUUAUACUGAUUUUCUUGUUCUGGAACCAUGAGGCCUUGAAGCGCGAUACAGCCAAUUUUGAUAGGAUGACUGAAAAAAAUCGCUUUUGAAAUGAGAAAGACGGAAAUUAAGAUGUGCCGGGAAUACUACCGAACGAGUUGGCCUCCAAUUCUACUGGCUACAGCGACUUGGCUGGGGACCCGGAAUUUCGAACUUCCGACUGAGAUUUCCAACGGAGUCUGGGUGGACGAAGGCAAAGAAUCGAGAUUCUACCUCUUGUUGGGAAUCGCCGUGGAAGCUUUGAGUAACAGAACGAGCAAUCUGGAGGAUGUCACCGUCCAGGUCUUGGGAUCAUCAGAAAAUCCCAUCGAAACUGAGAAGUUCUCUUCAGAUGGCCGUCAGAACCAUCACCAGCUUGGUUUCUUGCGAAUGGUGCCAACUGCAUUUGAUGUCGGAAAUGGGCAUCGCCAUCGAAGUCCUGAACGUUCUGCACAGGUGAUUCUGAAGGAAUCCAUUGGAUUUCUUACAAAAUAAAAAUGAAAAAUUUUGAAUUUCUAUUCAAGCAGGUCAGGACCAGAAACUUUUGUAUUGAUUGUGAAACUAUCAAAAAAAGGAGAUAAAAAUAGUGGCUCUUUGACGUUUGACUUGAAGUUGCCCGCCAAUAGCCGCGUCGCGUACGCAACGCUUCACUCCAUCCAGCCUUUCAAAUCGGGAAAAAUCGACUAUAAAGUAGUUUUCGAUUAUAGAUUGAUCCUGACGCGAGACAAUCUGACAACUCAAGCCCUCUGUGUGGAAUGCGCUAGUGCGAUCAUCGACGCAGCCCGGGCCGCUAUCCGGGCGACUUCUUCUCGAGGUUAUUCCCAUUCAAAAAAAAAGUGGAGAUGUGCGAGGGCCGUCCAUAAUGCCCGAGUUAACCCACCAAAUUUUUUUCUUUCAUUUCUUAUUCAUAACAAUUUUCGAGAUUUGCGUCAUUUUCUAUAUGUGAAGGCGAUAUUUGGGUUGUUUUUCGAUUAGACUGCAUAAAAAUAUUUUUUUUUCUCUCAAAAUGAAGGACAAAACUGAAAAAGAUAGAUAUGUUGAAUUUUAUUAUGAUGACCAAACGUUCCUGAUUCACCUUGCUGUCUUUGGCUAGCGCUGAGAAAAAAGAGGGCGCAGACACGUCAGACUUUCUCAAGUCGUGGCUUAUAAAACUUGCUAAUAAUGCAUUUUUUCAAGACCUGGAGAACGGAAACGUUGAGAUGAACGCCGAAAAGCUGCCGGCUUCUCUGUUUUCUGGAAACGAAACCGGAAUCGGUCCGCCCAACGAGCCGACUAUCACUUACACGGCCUUGGAGCUUUGUCUUUGCACUAUCGUUCGACAGGUUACUUGGGCUUUCGUCAUUCCUUCAUCCAAUGACUUCUGAUCCGAAAAAAAUAAGGGUUUUUUGAAGAUGCCUCAAAUAAACGCAACGCAAAUGAAGUCGAGAUCCCUGGCUCCGCUGCAUUUACGAAGACUGGGUCGAUUACCUGCGGAGAGCUCCCAUUUGAUCAUCCGAAGCAUGCAGAUCAUCGUUCAGGUACUCAAAGGCAGGAAAAUGCAAGUUAGAAGUUGAAAAAGUCCUCAUCAUGUCUAUUUUUUUUGCGGCUAAUGAAGUUUUCUUCCACUUGAGUGGCCACUUGAACCGACUCAAUCUUUACAGAUUUUUGUCAACCCAUUCCUUCUUUCCAGAUCCCAUCGCUGUGCUCCAGCUCCUCACGAAUAGAAGUCCUCCCCGUGGUGAUGUACCUGAUGGUUGGAUUCGUGAGGGAAACGGCCAGAAUCGACGAACACGCCGUCGUCCCCCUGAUCCCGCCGGGCCAUCUGACCGCCGUCGCCGCCUCGGCUCUUCAGGCCAUUCGAACUCUGGCCAGCGCCGCCCCGGCCGACGCAACUCUCGACGAUUGGAAGAUGAUCAUGCGCAGCGCCUUCUACUCGCUCCUCGUCUUGACUGAUGGUUUGCAUCUCUUCGGAACUUGAAGCUUCUGAAUGCGACGCUGUAGCCCCGUUUUUUCGCGACUUGUAACUGCUCUUUAUCUCUGCGCCCUCCGUGUCUCUCACCGUUUUCAUGUUUCUCUGACCUCGCAGGGGAGGGAACAGAGAGACGCAGACACUCGAAAAGUUUCAAGUCGCGACGAACGGUCUAUAGCUGUACUUUUUUUUAGAACACUCCUAACUUGCCACUAAAAUUACCUUUUUUGUUCUCAAAAAUUUUUACGCAACCUAGGCUUUUUUCGAGUCUAGGUUUAGAAUCAGCAAAUGAAAAUUAAGUAUAGAUUCCUAUUUCGCAUUCAAAAGACAACUUCUGACUUCUGACCAUCUCCUGGUUUCAUUUCUCACUUCUCAAUCCCUUCAGAAGACUCCCGAAUCGAUCAGUGCGUGGUGAUGCUGGCGACGGUCGUCUUCGCAACCUCUGCCCCUUGUGACGUCAUCACUCUUCACGCCGACUCCUUCAGAAGAUUCGUCGCCCUCUUGCGUCGUCAAUUGCAUUCCGAACAUGUCGCGGUAGCCCCGAAUCCGUCGAUUCCCAACAAAAAUUGCUUGUUAGGUACGGAUAAAGGCCCUGCAAUCGAUCGCGUCGAUUUUCUCGCGGAGAGCAUUUGGCGCCACUUUUGUGAGGCAAUUGGCCCGUGACGUCAUGCAGGUCAUCCGACCCUACGUCGCCGCCAACAAUGGCAAGAUCCAGCAGGUUAUAAUAGGGAGUAACUCGGAAAAAUGGAAAGAAUGAAACAGAAAUUGAUGCGUUUUGAAUUUUGCGUAUUUUAAAUUCUUUUUGGUCUUCUUUCAAUCGUGAUUAAACAAAAAUAGAAGUUAGAGGCCAUCCAAUUAUAAAAUUAUCAUAAAUAAUUUUUUUCCAUUUUUUUCGACUUGCCUUACUUGCAAAGACGCUGACUUUUCUUCUUUUUUUGGUUUUUCUGUAAGAAGAUCAAAAGCCAUUCCAAAUGCGACCUUCUGACUUGAACAACUGGGGAGAAUUUGACAUUUUUUUUUUGUUUGGAGGUGGUAGAAAGGCAUUCUUGCAUAUUUUCAUCGUUCUAAUAUGUUUAUUUAAAGUUCUCCGAAGACGACGUUCUGAUAACGCAAGAAGCCGUGAAAGCUCUGGAGGUCCUGAUCAUGAUUGCAGAUGAUAAGAAACGUGAGAACCUCCCAUUUCAUUCAGUUCUUACUGAAAUAUUGAAGGAACAGCUCUGGUAUCAAUCCUUGUCCAAUGUCUGGUCCGACUUCUGCGAGCGACAUCUUCGGACGAGUGGCGGCAGCUGAAUUCCGUCGAUCGGAAGCUCCACGAAGCCUCCAUCGGUCGUCUCAACGCUGCCGCUUCUCUUUGGCCCAAGGAGUUCAAGAAGGUCGAUUAGGAGCUUUUCAUGAGUAUCAAACGUGUUUCUUUCAGGUCGUCGAGUGGAACGCCGACCUGAAAAGUCGGCUCGAGAAGGCGCUGCUCCUACAGACUUCGCGACAUGCGAUGGCGCAAUCCGCCCGGUCCAAAGCUGCUGAGAUUGAGGUUUGUCGAGUUACUUUAAAAAAAGCAAUUCUAUCAAUAAACAAUAAUUUAAAAAAAUUUCAGAAGCAAAAAAACACUAGUUUUUAAAAAAAAUUGAAUCCUUCCAUUCAUUAGAAUAGUUUUUGAUUUUUAAAAUUUCUAGAAGUCCCUGAGAAGUAAUGCGAAUCUUCAGUUAAAUAAACCUUUCAGUAAUUUUAUCUAAUGGAUCAAAAGGUCUUGAAAACAAAUUGAAAAAACUCCGAAUUUCACACUGAAACGACCUUCCUUGUCAGAUGGAAAUGAAGAUAAAGAUCAGAUUUUCGCCUCUUCAAAAAAACCUUUUUGAAAUAAAUACAGAUCUAUUUCGAGCAGUAUUUCGCAAUAAAAAAAGGUCAAAAUUUUCAUCAAGAUCACUCUGACGAUAAAAUAAGGAAAACAUUGAAUGAAGGUGCACACGAUUAGCGAAAAGAGUGUGCAAAAAAAGAGGGUGGUCAGACGUUUAUAAUAUAUUUUUUUUCUAAGCAAGUGAUAAAUAAAGUAUAUUACUUCAAUUCAGAAAAAUAACUUCAAAAAACUAUGACUUUCCAGACAACAACAACUGUACAGAAGCCGAAGAUCAAGCUUAUGGACUUUAAUUCCUUCAACACUGCCGCUUCCUAA